CGGCUGACGACUGUAAAUACCGCUCAAUUACUGCAAUCCAAAAUGGCAUCAAAACGUAUAAAAAACAUUAUUUCCGAGCUGUAAAUCAGCUCAAUAAAUCUUUCACUGAGAAUUUGAGUGAUUGUGUUGUGCAGUGGACUAAAGGUGUCUUUGAAAAAAUAUAAAUCGCGAUUGUUAACCAGUGUUUUUGGUUAUAAAAAUGCCUAGAGUCAAAGCAUCACCUAAAAAGUGUGUAAAAUCAAACUCUCAGUCGAACACUUGGGUUUUUCUUGUAAAAGGUGAAGCCCUCGAAAUUCCAGAGGGAUGGGCAGGAACUACCACUCCAGAUGUAGUUCAACUCAGACAUCCACAAAGUGGGGCUCCUGCACUGUUUCUAUUCAGUCCUUCAGAUACAAUAGUACAAGAAGUGUUGACUUUUUCGGAGAAUCAGAGGUCGUGGUUAAUUGAAGACGGAACCAAGUCUGAUGGAAAACUUCAGCUAUCAACGCCAGUAGACCCUUUGUUCCUAGUUCUUCCCUAUUUGAGAAAGCUUCCCCAUGCCGCACCCUUGGAUCAGAUCAUCAAGGAUGACGAAUUUCCAGAAACAGAAAGACUGCUUUCAUCUGCUGGUCUCAAACAUAUAGGACAGAUUGCGGAUAAAAAAAGUGAAGAACUGAAUGCUUACAUCUACAACGAAGAAAAAGCACUGAGCUGGCUGCAAAAAAAGACUGAACGCGUGGCAGAUGUGCUGAAAGAGAAGGGCAUCCAUUGCUCGGGUGGAGCCGCCAUUUCAUCCACUUUCGUCAAAAGUUCCAAGUCCAGCGAAUCUCCAGAAGCCUACCUGAAGUACGCACACGGCGUCAUCUCCGAGUAUUUGGCGGACGACCUGAGUGCCAAACUGAGCCGACGCCUGGGCGUGGCUACGUCAUCAGACUCCACUGCGCAUGCGCACAACAAACGCAAACAGCUGUUGUCGCCCAACGGCGAAAACAAGCGCACCAAGGUCACCACCGAUGACCUUGAACGUCCGCCUAACAACAGUGUGCUUGAUCUCUCCAAACCGGUGCCCGCCAAAUCACAGACAAGCAUUAGCUCAAAAGAGAAGGCCCGCGCCAAAGCUGCAGCAGGCUCUAAAAAUAUUUCGUCUUUCUUCAAAAAGAAAUAAAAGCGAACAACGAAAAGAAAAAUUGGAAAAUGAUCGCUUCUCUUAUGAGUUUCACUUGAAACUGUCAGCAUUUAUUAUAAAUGACACCACCGCUUCCCAUACGAAAAUAAUGCUGACAGUUUGAAGUGAAUCCACCGUGACUGUGCGCGUGCGCGAACUCCUUCAAUCUAGACAUUUUUCCAUACUUUCAAGUGUUUUAAAAUAUUAGGACAGUGAUUUUUGGUGAUAAUCUCUUAGUAAAAGAAGGAUAAGAUGAAUGAGUAAUAAGGUAAGAAAACAUCCAGUAAUAAUUAGUAGUAUAAGUUUUGUCAAGUCUACUGUAAUGAAUUCUCAAUAUCUUUAGGAAAAACAAUCAAUUUUAUAGGAAAUGAUAACAAUGCUGAGUCCUACAUAAUAUAUGUGGAACGUUUUAAAUUUACAAAAUUGUUUGAAAAAUGAAGAUCAACGAAAUACUUAUAUCUCGGAAUUUCAUUAGCAACUAUCAUAAGAAAGGUAUUGAGAACUUUUAAACGUACAAUAAAUCUGUCAAUGUACAUGGUUCAAAAAGCAUCGGAGUCUAGUAAUUGUUUGGUUGUGAGUUUGAAUCAAGCAAAUUUGUUUGAUAAAAUUUAUUUGAUCAAACACGCACAACAAAAACUUGAAAGGUCAUCAUCCAGCGACAAAAAAAACUUUUCUUAUAGAUUGAUCAGUUGAUUCAAAUUUUUUUAUACAUUUUAAUUCAGGAGACGGCUUUACCUCGCUGUGAAAUACUACAUUUUUCAAAGAAAAGUAUUUUUUAAGAGAACGCCUUUUUUAUUGGAUUUUUUUGCUGGUGUGCAAAUCAAAUUAAAAAUAAUUAUUCCAACAUUGCAGCCCUUAAGUUCAUAGAUCAAAAACUUAUCAACAUCAUGCAAGAAUUUCUGAAUUUAAAUAUUUCAUAUUAUGACUUGUUUAAAAUAUAUUCUUGAAGUUCAUUCUAAGAAGUAAACCUUGAAAUAACCUUGUUUAAAGCUCACAUAAACGUCAGAAGAAGUAUUUAAUUGAUAUCGCAUUGUUCUGUGUACAUUGACUGAAUUCAUCCAAAACUUUAAUAUUUCUUACUUUUUCCUUUUAUUCUAUCAAUUGUUCAAAGUAUUCACUAUUGAAGGACCAUUAAGAAUUUUCAAAUACCAUCCAUUAAAAAAUAAAAACUAUGACAUUUAACGGCUAGCUCCACAAUCUCCAAUCAGAUAUAACUUGCAAUCACUGGUUAAUCAUGGUUUAGGCCUUAUUGUAGGUCGUGAAACUACCCGUUAAAUCAUAAGUUAGCUAGAGUGAGGUUCACUUCAAUCUGUCAGCUGUCCGUUGUUUGAAUGGGGAGCAUUGCUGUUAUCGAUGAGGAAUUCUGACGGUUUUAAGUGGUGUAAAACUCACUAUAGCUGUUCUUCAAUAAUGUGAAUAACUAAGACUGUGUACAUAGAUAUAUUAUUUGUAUUGAUAGCUAUUAUAAAUGUGAAUCAAUCAGUUUACUUUCUAUUGUACUAGUUGAAAAUUGAAUUCUGAUUACUACAAUAGAAUAGAUGCAUUGCCUAUCUACGUUUUCAUAAUAUGCAAUACAUAGUUGUAACAAUUGAAGUAUUUAACAAUUCCAAUAUUGAAUUGAAUUUUGAAGAAUUUUAUAUUAUCUUGGAGUUUAGUGUUCAUAUUUUAUACAAAAAAGUUGUAGACGAUUUUUUAAAGAUUCUUAUGUUCCAAUAAUCAAAUUCGAAUAAUUAUCGGGUCUAUAACACAAUCAGGCUUUACGUUAUAAUAGGCUUUAUCUCUUGAAUUUAUUUGCUUUUUCAAACUUUCUUGAACGGUUGUGAUGUUCUAUUAUUUACAUAAUACAGUAUUAGUGUUAUGUCUUAUGUGGCAUUAGCUAUUUAGUUUUGUAUAAAUAUAUAUUAUACUUUUAGGGCCGGUUUCCGAGCUCAGGAUUUGGCUAAGUCCUAGACUUAAAACUGCUGGAGUCAGAAAAUUAGCUUUCCAAAACGGGGUGUAGUCGCAAUUUUUAUAACAGUAGUCGCAGUUUUUAUUUUCUCAUUUCUAUAGUUUGUAACGUUUUUCCUUGGCGAAAUCAAACAUUUCUAAAUAACUCAAAAUAGCUCAAACUUUACACUAUUUUCUCUUUGUUUUAUUUUGUGUUUAAUUUUCUAGUUUUUUGAAAUUUAAUUCAAACGUGACUAUGACAAUGACUGCGACUACGUCCCGUUUCGGAAAGCCAAUUUUCUGACUCCAGCUGUUUAAAGUCUUGGACAUAGCCAAAUCCCGAGCUCGGAAACCGGCCCUUUGUGUGUUCAUGAACUUCUUGAGUUCCUAUUGGUCAUUACUAUGAGAAAUCAUGAUAGGAGUGCGAUUAAAAUGUGUCAUACAUUAUUCCGAUUUAAGUCAAAAGAGUCCGAGUUUUAAGUACUUGAAAUUCUAAAAUUUGAAACAGUUUUUUUUUUUUUUUUUUGACUGAAUUAUAUUCAUUCAUUCAAUGAUCACAGAACACAAAUCAUUGAAAUGAUUGGGGAAGGACCAACAGGCUCAGCCCAAAACUGUUCCUUUCCCGAAGUUUUAUUCAUACAUUAAGUCCAAACAGUAGGUUAUGUUUCAUUCACUUUUGAAUUGUGAGUCCAAUUUUCAGUGUAAACACUAUAAAACAAAUUUUAGUGACUUUCUGCAAUAAUUAUCUCAAAAUCACGCUCCCUACAAUAGUUAUAUUAAUGUUCAUACUUGAAAAAAUAAACUUGGAUUAAUUCAUAAUUUUUAUUUUCUUUGCUGGAUAAACUAAAAAUAAGUCGGAUGAAUACUUUAUAAUAAGAAUUAUACAUUAUUUGUAGUAUUAGAGGUAUCCUUUUGUUAUCAUGUUCAUAAUGAAUAAUGUGACUAGAAUUUUAUUACUACAUCACUUCUAUCAAAACAAUGAUAAAAUUUCAUAGGUUUAAUCUUAGCCAGUGACAAUGAUCUAUUAGUUUUAUUUUUUGUUUUUACUCUUUCAUAUUCUCAUAGGGUCAUUCAUUAGAUUUACAAUCUACUAGCACAAAAGUAUAUUUAUUUAUCUUGUAUUCAAUAUGAGAAUUGUACUGAUUACAUACUGUCCUAAUAUUAGUUAUUAUUGAGUUGGUUACAUUGAAUGCGUUUAAAUGUAUCUCACUACGCGUGCCCAACAUUUAAUUAGCUAGUAGUUUCAUUUUUAUUUUGUUAUAUUUUAUUUUUGUAUAUAUUUAUUGAUGUGUAGACUAUAAUUGUUCACCUCCAAGAGGCAGUAAACUUUUUGUCAAUAUAAAAUAAUAUUGUUCAAUAUUUAGUAAAUUUAUUGUUCAAUCGAUUGAUAGCAAUAAUUCAUGAUGAUUCGUUGUUUCGAGAUUGUUUUUUGAAUGUGGCAAUAUUUUUGUACUGUAAAACUUUCCAAUAAUUAUUUGUUUGUGUAGUUAUGUGUCUGAAAGUAAUGAAAUCGUUCAAAAGUUUAAAAAA